AGGACGAGGCCGACCGAGACCGGCCGAGGUAGCGCGAGCCGCGGUAGCAGCAGCCGUCGACGCGAGCACGGCCCCAACCGUCACCGUCGUUUCGACGUCGUGGACACUUUCUUGCCGCCGGAUCGUCCACGCGGAAAUCGUUCGUUCACGUCGUCAGCCAGUCUCGCCGCGUUAGAUUUCUACCUUCUAUCAGCCGUCGUUUGCGUACGCGUUUCCCGAUCGAUCGCCCGCUCGCGGUGAAGUAGGUGAGCCGCGCGCGAAAAAGUGAUCCCCAGUGGUGUGUUCGUCUUUUGACUGGAAAGAUCCCGGUACGAAGAUUCCGGGUCGAACAGAGGAUCGAACACUCGAAACCGUUUUUCGUCAAGCGCGUCAACUUCAGCCGCCACUCUCUCGCUACUUCCGCUGGUCCAUCGCCGUUCUCUCGCCUCUAGCCAGCCAGCUUCCGUGCCAAUAAUCCAUUAAAGAAAAAAAAAAAAAAAAAAAAUCAAUCGAAAAGAAAAUCCUCCCUUAAAAAAUAAAUAAAACGAACGAGAGGAGGAGAAGGAAAACUCGAGGCAAAGAGAAGAGAAGGGAAGGGAAGAAGGAAAGAAGAAAAGAGCUCGAGAGGAAAAGGGAGGAAAGGGGAGAGAGGGUGGUGCGUAGUGGAAGCAGAAGAGUUGGGUCGUGAGGGGUCCAAGAAGCGUAGCGUUUGGGUGUGAUGUGGUGGAGCCCCCCGGGGGGCCGCGGGGGCAGGAGGUUCGAGGCAGAUCGGUCGUGAGGGCCCCAGGCACGGCUCGGUUGCCCCGUGGCGAGGUCGCCGGAGGGGCGGGGGAGGAGGUAGGAUGGUGUGACCUCCGGCGUUAUCCCGCCCGACGCGGAGGUGGUGCUGGAGGUGGCGGAGGCGGUGGUGGAGGAGGUGGCGGUGGAGCCGAGCAGCUGCUGCUCGACUCGCAGGAGGAGGAGCCGACGGCGAUGUCGAGACAGCUUCGCGGUGAACGGGACCACGUGAGCCGUUGCGACCUCCGAGAACGCGACCUCCGCGACUUUCGGGACCUACACGAGAUCAGGGACCCACGGGACUUUCGGGACUUCCGGGACGUCCGCGACAUCAGGGACGACAGGGACGACCCGGAGAGGAGUCGGGACGAUUACCUGGAUUACGAUCAUCAUCAUCCUACCGCUGCGUCCACCUCGGCAUUCACCAACAAUCCGGAAAGGUCGAACGGAAGGGCCACGCUGCACGAGGGUCGCGACGAUCUGCAAUUAGUGAAUCUGUGCGUGCCUCCGAGAUCGACGAUCGUCGGCUCGGCAGACUCGAACUACUCACAGCCGAGCUCGGAUCUCUCGCUGGACGAGGAGAAAGAGAGCUUGCGUCGUGAGAAGGAGAGGCAGGCCCUCAAUCAACUUGAAAAAGCCAGGACGAAACCGGUAGCGUUCGCAGUGCGGACCAACGUGAGCUACGAUGGAUCCGUCGACGACGACUCGCCUGUCCAUGGCUCAGCUGUCAGCUUCGAGGUCCGCGACUUUCUGCACAUCAAGGAGAAGUACGACAACAACUGGUGGAUAGGUAGACUGGUGAAAGAGAACUCGGACGUUGGCUUCAUCCCAUCGCCGGUGAAAUUGGAGGCCCUGAGGCAGCAGGCGAGCGCUGCACGUGGUACAAAGGGUCUCUAUUCGGCGCGUGGAGGGUCUUCAGGGAACCUUGGCGAGAGUGGUAUGCCCUCACGUGGUUCCACACCACCUACACCAGGUGACGACAGCGACAGCGUCCGCGGCGGUAAGGCAACGCUGACCACGCCACCGGCCAAGGAGAAACGGAAGAACUUCUUCAAGAAGCCGUCCUACGAAACAACCACGCCGUACGACGUUGUACCAUCCAUGAGGCCCGUCGUCCUGGUCGGUCCAUCAUUGAAGGGUUAUCAGGUGACGGACAUGAUGCAGAAGGCGUUGUUCGAUUAUCUGAAGCAUCGGUUCCGAGGCAGAAUAAUUAUCACUAGGGUUAUGGCAGACAUUUCACUGGCAAAGAGAUCGUUGCUGAACAAUCCAACGAAACGAGCGAUCAUGGACCGAUCGACGAGCAGGAACAGCUGCUUGGCGGAAGUUCAAGCGGAGAUCGAGAGGAUUUUCGAGCUUGCCAGAACACUUCAGUUGGUGGUACUGGACUGCGACACCAUCAAUCAUCCGUCGCAGUUGAUGAAGACCAGCCUAGCGCCGACAGUCGUCUACCUGAAGAUCUCCUCACCCAAAGUGCUCCAAAGGUUGAUCAAGUCGCGUGGAAAGUCGCAGAUCAGACACCUGAACGUACAAAUGGUGGCUGCUGAGAAGUUGGCCCAGUGUCCACCGGAGAUGUUCGACGUGAUCUUGGACGAAAAUCAGCUGGAGGACGCAUGCGAACACGUGGCCGAGUACCUGGAAGCUUAUUGGAGAGCCACGCAUCCUCAAGUGAUCGCUACAGUGCCACGUCCGAUUCCUGCUGCGGACGCGCCGGUCGACGCGUUGACACCUCGCGUCACAUCAGGGUCAGGAUCGUACAGCGGCGGACACGUGAGCGAGGGGACUCGGAAAUCGAGGCUGGAGAGGAUGGACCGUGACCGGGGCGAUCGUGGUGAACACGACUACGGCAACGAGGAGGAAUCGUACGUUAGUGGCGUGGAUUACGGGAGCGCGUCGAGGCGUCGUCAGCAGCAAGAUCCGCGCGCAUUGAACGCCAUUUAGGAGCUGGGGCCCCGGGGCCUGUCGCUACAGCGCUGUCCCCACCUGCGCACCACUGCUCUUUAGUGGGGUCGCCACCUGGUACGCUACUGAACGUACGAACAUGCUUACGCUACCGUAGCGAAGAAACAAAUUUUGCGCUCUGGUCUGUUAGUGGGGUUUCUUUCCUGUCGCUACCCGUAAGAUGGUUCAUUUUGUGUUUCGAUUUACUAUUUAAAUAGCUAGACACACACACACACACACACACACACAUACAUACAUACAUACAUACAUACGUACACACACACACACACACACAUACACAUACGUACACGCUCCCAGUCGUUGUCCCAUAAUUUACCAAAAUAGAAACCACCUUUCGUUACGAUGUACUCUAUAGCUUUGUAUAGUUAUACGCCAUCGUACGUGACGCAUGAAACUCAGCGUGUUUUCAUGCAGAAUUACUUUUUUUUUUCUUUCCUUUUCUUUUCGUUUCUUUUCUCUUUUUCCCCUUUCUUUCUUUCAUUUUUCAUUUUCCUGUCCGUUUGUCGGCAUCCGACCUCGAGAUCUGUAGAACUUCUACCGUACAAUAGAUUACGCUGCAUCGUAUUAUGCCAAUGAUCCUUGUUACCGAACGAAGCGUGCACGAGAUACUUUUUUACGCUGUAACAGAGAGUAGAAGUUACUGAUUGUUGCGAGACCGUAUCGUUUCUGGAACGUAGAACCACUGGGUUGAAUUUCAGAUUGUAAUCCGCUUGAAUCUUACUUUUUGCUGAAACGGUACGCGUGCACGCUUGUCCAUGAUACGCGAAUGUUUCGUACAAGAGGUACGCUCUCUUCUGUUUUUUGCGAAACUACUUUUUCGUUGUUGCGAGACGCAAGAAUUAUUAGUGAGCUAGCGUUUCUUUCUGUGUUCUUUUUUUUUUUUUUUUUUUUUUUUUUUUGUUGGUAAUUCGCGGCGGUAAUUCGCCGUAAUUCAGAGUAACGCGUCCAUAACGACAGACACUGUAGAUUCUAUUUUCGUAAUCGUAUCUCGAUUAAAAAGGAGCCUUGUUGAUUUCGUAAUGAUCGUUUUGUCAAACCAUUUCGAUAGAUACCGUACAAGUAGAAAUCCUAAUUUAGAGAAACCAAUUGUUGUUGUUAUGAAGUUACAGAGUUAAAUGGCUUUGUUCUGUUUCUCCCCUUCGUUUUACAGAUCUGAUUUUAUCAAAUCAGUUCAUAUAAAGUUCGUUCGCGUGAGCGAAGGAUGCGUGAGAGAAAGAGAGAGAGAGAGAGAGAGAGAGAGAGAGAAUGAGAGAAAGAGAGAGAGAGAAAGUGUGUGUGAAAGAAAAUUUGAGAGGAAGCGCAUUGGCGCCAGCGAAAACUUUCACGAGCAUUUUUUCCAACAGGAAUUCCGCAAAAACGAUGGGCGGGUUGAAACGAAUAAUCGAAUGUCCUUGUCGAUGAGGUACGCACAGGAUAAAUCCCCCAUUCGCGGAGCCAGCUCAACGAGAUGAGUAUUGUCACGAGAACAGUCACAGUGAACAAAAACUAAAGAGACAUACUUUUGAGAAAGAAAGAGAGGGAAAAGGGAAAGAGAUUAUAAGAGUAGAAAGAAAAAGAAAAGGAAAGAAAAAGAAGAAAAGAAGGGAAGGGAGAGAAAAAGAGCCCUGGGGCCUUAAUUUUUUGCGCUGACUCCUCCCAGGCCCCUAAACCCACCCCCACGAGAUUUCAGCAUCAGAUAUCUAUGAUCGACUUAUCGAUUUAUCAGCCAGCUCGUGAAUCGGCAUCGGGUCAUUAGCUGAAACGCCAACGAGAUUUUUCGCUCGAAAAUUAGAUAGUUCGCGGUCGUUCGGAGCCAACUAAAUAAAAAAGAGAGGGGGAAAGAGAAACAAAAAAAGAAAGAAGAGAGAAACAAACGAAAAAAAAGAGAAUCGUGAGAAACUUCGAUAAAACAUUUCGCGUAGAAUUCUUUCAAUUCGGCCGACGGAACAGCGAUAGUUGCUUCGACUUAUUGUUAGAGAGAUGUGGGAGAGCAAAAAAUGAGAGAAAAAAAAACCUAAAAAAGAUGGAGAGCCGCUCUAGCCGAUCAUCUUAGGGCCGAACGCAUGAUUCAAUUCCUAACUCUAGAAAUUUUAGAAAUUUCGCGUAUAUUCCAGUCGCGAGGUUCCAACGAUGAAUUUCACGAUUUCACGAUCGAACGUGCGAGAAACUUAAGAGAAAGAAAAUAGGAAACAAAUUAACGUUUCAGUAACGAUGGGUUGGGAUCACAGAUAAUCAUUAUCGUACACGAUUGAAAGUUUUCGAUUAUCGAUACAAUGGCGCGUUGAUGAUCGCCGCGCUAGGUUGACGUGUUUAUACGUUUUAUUAGAGUCUAUUUGGUGAAAUGAACACACACACACACUCACACAAACAAACACGUAUCACACAUGCACAUACAGAUGUACACGAGAAAACACAGUAAAACACGCUUUGUGUAUAUAGUAUACAUAUAUAAAUAAGAAUAUUAUAUAUAUAUAUAUAUAUAUAAAUAUAUAUAUACAUAUAAAUAUAUUGUAUACGUAUGUACGCAGUGAGAACACUUCCACCUUUGUCACUCGACAAAAUUCCGAUCGAGGCAAGACGAGAGUAUGUGCAAGAGUGAACGAGAGAAAAUGAAAGAAAUAGAAUGAAAGUGGAUAAAAAGAAAGAAAAAAACACAGCGGAAAAAAGAAAAAAUGAUACUAUACCAGUAGAAUCAAUAGAUAUCGUGUAAAUAUUGUAAGAAGCCUUUAAAGAAGAACGAGUCCUUUUCCGUUUUCAUUUUGCCGUGAAUGUAAUGUCGUCAGCUGCAGGAUCACGCGGUAUUUCCUAGCUGCUGCUGGAUAUAUUUGUCGACGUUUCCCCGUUUGUUUUUACGGACUUACAGCCACUUUCGGUCCUCGCGAUCAAGCUCGUGGACGCUUUUCACGCACUACGAACUUGCUGCAACUAAAAUACGAAAAGAAAAAAAAAAAGAAGUGUUUACGGAGUAAAUGAUUCAACGCGCGUAUACACAUUGUACACAUGCAACAGGUACACAGAUCACACAGACACAUAAAAAAUUGUAUUUGAUUGCACGAAUGCAGUCGUGACAACCGAUAAAUACCACAAUCGAGUUCUGAUCGUUCGUGUACAUUGGUUUGUCUUUUAGACGCACGCAUCGACGUUGUUUCUUAUGUAGAACGAACAAAUCACGAGCUCGUCGUUCUCCGCUGAAAUAGCCUUGCACAGGGCCAGUAUGAUUAAACGAUAUCAAAAAGCUCCCCCUCCGAAGAAAAAGAGAAAAACGGAAAAAAAUACGAAACGUAACAUAAAUGAAUUUUUCUAAAAUAAUUUAGGAAAUUUUAGCUAAAUCAAGAUCACUUGCGUAUCGUUAGACUAGCGGAACGAAGCCGUUUCUUUCUUGGAACGAUUACGUUCGAUCUGUGCUUUCGCGAAAAUACGAAGAAACUUGUGUGUGACGUUUUUGCUGUGUGAAAUUUUAUUAUCGUUUCGCUUACUCUUCCUCGACCGAUCGCUGGCAUCAUUUUCUUUAACGACGAAUCAACAAUUUCCGACGCGAUGUUCCUUCGAGGUAAUCUCAAAACCCUCUCACGCGAGCGUGGAUCGCGAUUUCUCGUCGAUUCCGGGAUCUCGUCUCCGCCAGCGAUCCAGCGUCGCGUCCGUUUUAUCGAAACUGUUUGAAAUUCUUGUUAAGCUCGUUGUUCGUUCGCCAGAUUAAAUUGGCGCUGGAAGAUUCUAUAUAAUAGCUGUUGAAGACGACGAGAAUCUUCGUGCAACAACUUCGUUUAUUAAAUUUUCACGGCGUCGCCCGGCGGAUCGAACGUGUAUUCAAGCGAAAAUCUUUGUGAAACUAGCUAUCCACUUCAGAGAGACGCCUUAGGAAUUUAAGGAGACGUUCGGGCGAAGAUCAGCCUCUGAUGAAUUUCUUAAUCUUCGCUUGCCACGCCGUUAGACGAACUUUUAUUGACGCCUCGCGUUGCCCCUGAUAAUUUCGCUUGUCGUUUAUCUCCAAGCGGAAAGAUUUUUAUACGAGGAAGCUGAGGAAUCGUCGUAGGACGAAGAGUUUGCUUCGAAUUUGUGGCAAAUGAUGGAACGUUCGUAUUUUUCACGUUCAUGAAUUUCGCCGCGAAAUUUCAUUCGAAUUCGCUCGAAUUAUUGGUCGCUGGCUGUAAAAUUUUGUAGACGACGUUUGUAAAUAUUGUAGGUGAAAUAUAUUUGCGAGGCACGACCACGCUUCCAUUUUGAUAUGGACGAGUUUCGGUGGAAAUUCGAUAGGAGAAGGAGCGUGAGCUUCGAUUUGAUUCAAGUGCAAUUUGGAAACGAACGCUCGCUAGUAGCCAGAGUUUCUUUCGAACUUUAUUUCCCCGUGCCCAACGGAUGCCAUUUUUCACGGUAUGGACGUUUCUAUCGCACGCUUGCUCGAUUAUUUUAACAAAUCUUUCUGUUCCCGCGAUCUCGCGAAUAGCGUCACGACGCGCAAGGCCAAUGGAUUUCAAAUCACAGCUGUUGUAUACUAAUUUUUUCUAGACCAAGUUCUUCACCAAAGUGAUCGACAGAGGAUGUGUAACGACGUUCAGCUGACGUCUCUAGUGACGUGGGAAUUUUUUAUAAUAUUUUCUAAGAAUCUCUCGCUCCAUAGACAGCGAUAGAAACCCACAUCACGCAGACCUGACACGAAUUAUGGCGUCUCACAUGAUCAUAUACGUACACCCACGAUACACGAGUUUCAAUGGAGCCCUUGAUAUUUCUUGACAGAGCAAUCCCCAAUAGAUCACUGACGCCAGAUCCGUCGGUUCGUAACGAUUGACGAUUUUCGGUUUAGAAUUUUAGCUGCUUCCAGUCUAUUCUUUCUUUCGGUAUAUCGGAGACUAGCGUUCGAAUCUGUAACGUCCAUUAGCGCGCUAAAUUAAAAGCAAAAUGACAGAAAAAAAAACUGGUAGCUUUCGAUCGACAGCAAAUUCGGAUCUAUGUAAAAAGAAAAAAGAAAAAAAAAAGAUAAAGAAAAUCUCUGUAGUGUUUCUCCGUAAAAAGAUCGUAGGAUUAAAAAUUCGCACAUGCGAGAAGCUCGUUCGAUGCGUACAAAAAUCGACAUAUUCUGUUCUAACGAAGGCAACAGAGAGAGAGAGAGAGAGAGAGAGAGAUUCUCCCCUCACACAAGCAAGCUAAGAGAAAAAGUAUAAAGAAAAAAAAAAAAAAAAAUGAAAAAAGAAAAAUUCGAAAGACAAAAAAAUAUAUAUAUAUUAUGUGAUACAAGAAACAAAAAAAAAAAAAGAAAUUCACUGGAAAUUGCGAUGACACGCAGGAACGCUGAAAGUCCAAUCGGGAACACAAUCGAAUUUUCUUCUGAAAGACUCUGAACGAGAACAUACUAAAUAUCGAUGUUUAAGCUGUUUAAGAAGACGAGAGAGGGAAGACUGGAAGCGAGAAACAAAGGCAAAGAGAAUGAAACAGGGUGUGCUUUUCUUCAAGAGUUGCGCAGAGUCAAGAAUAUUUAAAUAGAUAGGGCGCGAAUUUUAAUUAAUUAAAGAGUGAGUUGUCUGCGUUGGCUUGCACGGUGCGUGCACGUGAACGUGUUGUUGAAAUUCAGGUUGCUUUUGCCGUGCGAUCGAUCGCCGCCCCUCCUUGAAGAAUGCAACUCCAAUUACACGAAUGGUUGGAAGGUCCAAAAAUGAAAAAAAUGUAAUAAGAGAAUAAGACGCAACCGAGAGAGCUAAGCAUCGGACGAAGAACGAUCGUUUCACACGAUCUCGACAUUCUGUUAAAAAGUUCGUUCUGCUUGCGAACGAUUUUUUAGCAGAUUCUUCGUCGAUGUGGAUCACAUCUCGAUGUUAUGUUUGCUUUAGGGAUAUUGCGGAUUUCAUAAUGAAAUAUUGUUGGAUAAAUUGCGAUACAACGUGGUUUUGAAAUAUAUAUAGUAUAUAUAUCUGUGUACAGAGAGAAAGAGAAAAAGAGAGAAAAGUAGAGCAAAACGAAGAGUAAGAGAAAAGUGGUGCUAGGAUCGUAAUGGACGCCACUGUCGGUUUGACUCGAUGAUCGUGAUUUUGUCUCUGAUUACGCAUCAACGGGAAAACGUUCGCGCGUGAACGUAAAUGGAAAAUCGACGUGUUCUAUCGGCUUCCUGCUGCUGCUUUCUAUAUUCAAUUAUUAGGCGUAAUCAUCUGAAACGGCGACAAAAUCAUAGUAAAACAGAAAACGAAGCACAACGGUUCGCUGUUCACCGUCGAUCACAUAACGAUUCUAGAGAUGUUUUAGAGUUAGAACGAGCUGUACUAGAGGCAGAUAGAUUGCAUGCGAUCUGAAUAUCCAUAAAAACAGAAAAAGAAAAAAAAAAAAAAUACCAAAAGCGCGGCUGAAAAUAUUCCUCGACUCACUUUCGGUCAAUUUGCUCGGAAACUGAUCGACGAUUUUCGCGACUUUCUUCUCUCUUUUUUUUUUUUCCUUCGUUUUUGUUUAGCGAAAUUGAUAGCUGAUCGUUGAGGAAAGAAAAGCAAGUAUGUAUGUGCCGUCGAUACGAUCACGAAUGAAAAAAAAAAAGAAAAAAAAAAUGGCAACUGCUAAGAGCUGCUUUUUGUCACGCCGUCCCGUAUAUAAUUAAAUACGAUCGUCGAUUCGAAUCAACCGGCGUCGCUCCGAGGACGAAGUCCUGUCGCCUGUGUAAGUACGUGAAUUCUAACGUGUUCAAUUGUCGACGUGCUUUCACGCGUGUCUGUCCCACGUGGUGCGCGCGUGUAUCCACUGACGAAGGAACAAACGCCGCGCACCCACGUCCUCGGUUACUUAUUUUUUUUUUUUUUGCGGCUGGUUCGUUGGAUCAAACGUUUUUCCCUUAUUGUAUAUUGUCUAUUAUUCCCUCGUGUGAUUGAUUUCCAUUGCAGACAUGCGAACGAAAGGAAGGAAGAAAGAAAGGAAGAAAGAAUGGGAGAGAGAGAGAGAGAGAGAGAGAGAGAAUAAAAGGAAAAGACAGAAGAGAAAAGAAGAAAGAGAAAGAGUUGAGACGAGGGAACAAUCCAAUUCGUUUCCCUCGGGCGAAAAUUUUAUUCCGUUGUUGUCGCGGAGGGAUCGGCGUGCGAGUCACGAAAAUGGAUAAUCGAUUACUUUGCUGUUGAACGAAUUAUACGAUUCGUCUAAUUCGUAUCGAGUGUAAUGGAUGAGAGGAGAAAGUGGAGCAAGUGUAUGCCUGUACGCGUUUGUGUGAACGAAAUCGAGAGAAAGGGCGAGUCGGGUGUGUAAGAAAGAAAAAAAGAAAAAAGAAAAAAAAACAAAACGGGAGGAAAGAGGAGUACGAGAGGAUUUGCGGUUCAGUGUGCGCGAGCUGCUGUUAUUCGGAGAUGGAAUUGAGGCGAUUCAUUAAACGAAAUGUUGUAAAUUGUUCUAUAGCAAAAAUGAAAAGUGCUACGGCCGUGGCAGCGCGCCUUUCGAGAGUCCCUCGACUGUCAUUCUUGUCUUUGCUCGAUGCGAUUUCGACGGAGGCUGGUAUGAAAUUAUCAAUAUCGAGAAACAGCGGAUAGGGAUGUUCGAUCGAACAAUUUGGUCGAGAGAGGUCAAAGGAUCUCGAGGAGCGCGAUGCUUUGAUCGUUUCGAUGUUGAUAUGUCAAUGCUGUGAUGUUAUCCUUUGAAACUUCAAACGAAAAAAAAAAAAAAUAUAUUUCCCCUCCCCUAUAUUUGUCCUUCCGCCACCCCUUCGAUACGGCCCAUCCCCGACUUUUCCAGAAAGUAUCCCGCAAGACGAACCCCUUUUUCCUUGGAAAAUGAAUAUUUCUAUUACUGUAACACUCCGCAUAGUCCUUUAAAGAAACAAAAAAGAAAAAAGAAAAAAAAUAGCUAGAUUCUAAUCGUAUUUAAUGUAAAGUUUAUUAUUGUUACAUCUCAGUGAUUCUCUCCUCUAUCAGUGAUAUCACGGAGAGAACGACGUGUCCGUCGACGAGUGUACGCGUUUCAGAAACAUACCGAUGAAAAUUGUAUAGCGAUGGUUUCAGGGUAAGGACAGGGGGCGUUAACUAUUAUUAGGAAUAAUCCUGAAAGUAUAGGCGACCGAUAAUCGACCAACUCGUUAUACUCGUCUCUCUCCGAUACGUCACUGGUAACCAAAAUUCCUACAUUUGUCGCAUUUGUAAAUAAAAUUUUUAUCAUCACACGA